ACCUACGACGCCGUUGGCGCGCUGAAACAAAAGGCCGCAGGGCAGAAAGCGAGGCAAAAUUGCGGAGAUUCUUCCUCGUCACCGGUCAGCAUCUCUGGACAGCGGAAGAUGGAUUCAACCGAAACUCCCUUAUCCACCUCCCCAUCCCAUUCCAAUUUCAGCCAACAGCGCCAUUUCUAUCUUGCCGUGGAUAGGCUCCAAUUCAAGAUGGAAACCUUGGUGGAUCUAUUAGGCAUGGCCGGACGGCAACCGUUGCUACGCAUGGUGGUCUGCUGCAGCACUCGUGACGAGCUCGACGCCGUCUGCUCCGCCGUCUCCCGCCUCUCCUACAUUUCUAUUGCAACUCUGUAUAGUGACCAGGCGGAAGCUGAACGAGCGCGGAUUUUGGAGAAGUUCAGGCAAACGGCAAUUAAUUGGAACAAUUGCACUGCCGAUGGCGAAGAAAAGAAAGAUGACAAAGAAGAGCGGAACAAGUCUCAUAUGAUUAUUGUUACUGAUGCUUGCCUGCCGUUGCUUGGCAUGGGGGAGUCGCCUAUCAGCUCUCGAGUUUUGAUUAAUUAUGAACUGCCAACUAAAAAGGAAACUUAUUUGAGGCGUAUGGCGACUUGUUUAGCCACAGAUGGGAUUGUCAUUAAUAUGGUGGUUGGUGGUGAAGUUGCAACUCUCAAAAGCAUUGAAGAGAGCAGUGGUCUGGUCAUAGCUGAGAUGCCCAUACAUAUCUUUGAGAUGAUGUAAAGUUAGUGGGCUUGUGGAAUGUCAAAAGCUGUAAACGUGGGUCAUGCCAUUGCAAAUGAGGUAUGUAAUGUAAUUAACAAUAUCUAUUUGUUCUUCGAGAAACAUGUCAUUUUCUGUUGCUAAAAUCCAUAAUUUCUGCAUCAAGAAUAGCCCAUGUUUGAGCUUCGUGAAAACAUCACCCAUCUUGGAAUGCCCCAGACUAUAGUAGGACUUCAGACUUAUGCUCUUCAAAUGGAUCAAUGUGGCCUAUAGUUUCUGUUACUUUGUUGUGAAGAAUGUGGAUGGUUAAACUUUUUUGCCAGUUUUGCCUCCCAUGUUAGGGAGGAAAAAAUGGGAGGCAUAGAUUUUGCAAUUUUGUACCAUUGGUUUGAAUCAGGGUUGUUCAUCAAAUGCUUAAUUCAUUUCACUUCUUGAGGGGAGCAAUUUUAGUGUAGCUCAUAGUUUUUUACUCUUGAAAUGAAUCUGAGAUAAUUGUAAUGGGAUGGACCAAAAAGGUUGUACACAAACUUUUGCUUUUAACUGUAUAAGAGAUCAUAGAGUUAAUAUC